GACAGCCGAAGAUCGCCAAGCUGGAGGGGGGCAUGAAGAAGAGCCGGAGUGUCCUGGCCGUGGCAGAGGAUGAGAAGCCAAAGGAGACAGUGGACUCAGGUUGGGGGAGCCGCUCGUACACAUCCUGCAACAUGUUGGGUGCGGACCUCCGGCGGCCACGCCGACGGCUCUCCUCCAGCCUGCUGGUCCCACCGUGGAAGCCCGGGGAAAGAGCACGCUCGCCGGAACCAGACAACGUUCAGAGGCCCACCACCCUGCCGCUACGAAUCCCUCCCCGAAUUUCUAUCACCCACGCUGACCCAGACAGCUUCGAUGUGGAAAAUGGCCCCUCUCCUGGACGCAGCCCGCUCGACUCUCAGGCCAGCCCGGGCCUGGUGCUUCACCCCAGCUUCCCGCAGAGCCAGAGGCGCGAGUCCUUCCUGUACCGCUCGGACAGCGACUACGACAUGUCGCCCAAGACGAUGUCGCGCAACUCCUCCGUCGCCAGCGAAGCACAUGCGGAAGACCUGAUAGUGACACCGUUUGCCCAGGUGUUGGCCAGCUUGAGAAGCGUGCGUAGUAAUUUUUCCAUCCUAGCCAACGUGCCCACGCCAACUUCCAGUAAGAGGUCUCCCUUGGGCGGUCAGCCAACCGUUUGCAAAGCCACCCUCUCAGAGGAGACCUACCAGCAAAUGGCCAGAGAGACCCUGGAAGAGCUGGAUUGGUGCCUGGACCAACUGGAGACCAUCCAGACCUACCGCUCGGUCAGCGAGAUGGCGUCCAACAAGUUCAAAAGAAUGCUGAACCGUGAGCUAACACACCUCUCUGAAAUGAGCCGCUCCGGAAAUCAGGUCUCCGAAUACAUUUCCAACACCUUCUUAGACAAGCAGAACGAUGUGGAGAUCCCGUCCCCAACACAGAAAGAGAGGGAGAAGAAGAAGCGGCAGCAGCCCAUGUGCCAGAUCAGCGGGGUGAAGAAACUCAUGCACAGCUCCAGCCUCACCAACUCCAGCAUCCCUCGCUUCGGGAUCAAAACCGACCAGGAGGAGCAGCUCAGUAAGGAACUAGAAAACCUGAACAAAUGGGGCCUUAACAUUUUCCGGGUCUCCAAGUACUCCAACAAUCGGUCGCUCAGCUGUAUCAUGUACACAAUAUUUCAGGAGCGAGACUUGCUGAAGACGUUCAAGAUCCCCGUGGACACCUUAGUCACCUACAUCAUGACGCUGGAAGACCACUACCACGCCGACGUCGCCUACCACAACAGCCUCCACGCGGCUGACGUCAUGCAGUCCACGCACGUCCUCCUGUCCACGCCCGCUUUGGAUGCCGUCUUCACCGACCUGGAGAUCCUGGCUGCCUUGUUUGCCGCUGCCAUUCACGACGUGGACCACCCAGGGGUCUCCAACCAGUUCUUGAUCAACACCAAUUCGGAGCUGGCGCUGAUGUACAACGACGAGUCGGUGCUGGAGAACCACCACCUGGCCGUGGGCUUCAAGCUGCUCCAGGAGGAGAACUGCGACAUCUUCCAGAACCUCACCAAGCGGCAGCGGCAGACCUUGCGCAAGAUGGUCAUCGACAUGGUCCUGGCGACUGACAUGUCCAAACACAUGAGCCUCUUGGCAGAUCUCAAGACGAUGGUGGAGACCAAGAAAGUGACCAGCUCUGGGGUCUUGCUGCUCGACAACUACACAGACAGGAUACAGGUACUACGCAACAUGGUUCACUGUGCCGACCUGAGCAACCCGACGAAACCGCUGGAGCUGUACCGGCAGUGGACGGACCGGAUCAUGGAGGAGUUCUUCCGGCAGGGGGACAAAGAACGGGAGCGAGGCAUGGAGAUCAGCCCCAUGUGUGACAAGCACACCGCCUCCGUGGAGAAGUCGCAGGUGGGGUUCAUCGACUACAUCGUGCACCCGCUAUGGGAGACCUGGGCAGACUUGGUCCAUCCGGAUGCACAAGACAUUUUGGACACCCUGGAGGACAACAGGGACUGGUACCACAGCAUGAUCCCCCAGAGCCCUUCCCCGCCUCCAGACGACGCGGAGAAGGAUGACGAAACCUGUCUGGAGAAAUUCCAGUUCGAACUGACUCUGGAGGAGGAAGGGGAGGACUCGGAGGGGGAGCACAGCAGCCCCGGCGACGAGGACAACAGCUACUACACGGCGACGGAGGAGCACCCCCACGAGUCCCUGGAAGGGCAGGACGGACUGACGGACGACACAGUGAAUGACACGUCUCCCAGCGAGUCAUGACUGUGGGGGAGACGGGACUGCCGGAAAGCGUUAAAAAAACACCCACACACACACACACCGAGGCGCAAGGGGGAGGGCGGGGAUAAAAAGAAACUCAUUUUUUUAUUUUUAUUGUAUUUUUUAUAAAAAGAAAA